CUAAGCCCAGAUGUUAAAAACACUGAUUUAUUUAUUUCAUCGGUUAUUGCUCAUGUUGUAGCGUUACAUACGUCACUUCCUGCUAAUGCUUCUCCUCUAAGUGCAUAUAUGCAGUUAUUAUAUGAUUAUAAAGAUACAUAUAUAUUGACUUGUACAUCAGAUGAAUUGGCUUUAAUAACAAAUGCUAUAAUAGCAAAGGAUUCAGGAACCAGGAGAUAUCAAUGCAAAUGUGGAAAUAUUUACUUUAUUGAUAAUUGUGGACGUCCAGAUGAAAAUGGUGGUUUGGAUCACGUACUUAAUGAAGGGAGUAGCAGUAUAGAUAGUGAUAAAAUUAAACGAUCUAUUGCAGUAAAAGACAAACAAGGCUUAUAG